AUGGUCGCACAAAAUCUGUACGGCCAAGAAAUCGGAGAUCCGCUGCCAAACUGGGCGGGUCGUGAAGGACCUCAUAGAACUGUAUUUGAAGGCAACUAUUGUCGACUUGAGCCUUUGAACGUUCAAAAUCAUGGCUUGCAACUAUUUCAGGCCUUUUCAAACGCGAAAGAUGACCGUAUGUGGACGUAUCUACCUGUUGGGCCCUUCAAGGAUUAUCCAGAAUAUAAAAAAAUCGCAACUAAGUUCGAGCAAGACCAGGAGACUGUUCACUACGCUGUAAUUUCGAAAGAAGGCAACAGAGCAUUAGGGAGCUUAUCUCUAAUGAGAGCUGACGUCUCAAAUGGAACUAUUGAAAUAGGAUUUGUUAUGUUCUCGCCUAAGCUACAAAAAACCACGGCCUCGACUGAAGCGCAGUUCUUAUUAAUGAAACAUGUUUUCGAUGGCCUUGGCUAUAGAAGGUGUGAAUGGAAGUGCGAUAGUUUAAACGCUCCUUCUAGAAAUUGUGCGUUAAGAUUAGGUUUUACUUUUGAAGGGACAUUCCGUAACGCGGCUGUUUAUAAAGGUCGCAGUAGAGACACACAAUGGUUUUCCAUUAUUGACACGGAAUGGCAAGAUAUUCGGAAGUCUUUUGAACUGUGGCUAAAAGCGGGCAAUUUUCUUGAGGGAAAACAGAACAAAAAGCUCGCCGCUAUAAGAAAUGAAGUCAAAGAGUCAAAGGAUGUGAAGAAAGAUCACGUUCAAUAA